AUGAGUGAUCUUGCUAGUUCGACAAGUGAGGGGAUGGCUCUCGAUGCCACUGCUUCCCUCUCCCAUUCUAUCUCAAGGUGGUCUAAGAAGGGAAUACACGAGCAGCCUGCGACUGUCAUUAUCCCCGAAAAGGAACAAGAUAUCCUUGCUGCUGUGGAAUACGCCCGCGAAAAUGCGCUUCAAGUCUUACCAGCCGGCGGGGGUCACGGCUCUUUUAUCGACAUCGGAUCCAAGACUUUGUACCUUGAUAUGAAACUUUUUAAUCAAAUUGAAGUCAACGAAGGAGCUCAAACCGCCAGAGUGGGAGGUGGUGCUGUGACAGGAGAGCUGAUCAAAGCUCUCACCGACAAAGGCUUCUAUACUACAUGGACCAACAGCAAUGCGGUUGGUGUCGUCGGUAGCAUUCUGGGCGGAGGCAACCCGACCAUGGGCGGGAUGCACGGAAUGAUGAUUGACCAAGUACUUUCCGUCCGCCUGAUUACAGCCGAUGGAAGAAUUGUGGAAGUCAGCUCGUCCUCAACCGGGGAUGAACUCGCACUGUUUCAUGCUAUAUGUGGAGCAGGGCUUGGGCUCGGAGUGAUCAUAUCCUUGGAUAUGAAGAUUUUCCCAAUAGAAAACCUACGCCUAUCAAUGGGCUGUGCCUGGGUCCGCAAACUCAUUUUUGCCGCACGGGACAUCGAGUUCGCAGCCAAUGUUUUUGAUAGGCUACAGCCUCCAACAUCCAAAACGACCAUGUCGCUCGUUUUCGCAAGGGCACCGCCAACAGCUCCCAAUCCAGGGGCCGCCAUGAUCAUUCUCACGGUCACUUAUUACGGUCCAUCUGAUGAGGCGGAAGCGGCCGUCCCGAUUUUGUUUGAGAAGGAUAUCGUCAAUAAAGCGAUCGUCGCCCAAACUGCACCAACACCUCUCGCAACGCUUAACAAUGCACUAGCCCAUUUCGAUGUACAUGGUGGCUUCAAAGAUAUCCAAUCUGCUGCGAUGUCGAAAGUUUCCGUUCAGAGUACCCUGUUUGCCUUCUAUAAGUGGCUUCAUUUCACCACUCAAUACGAAGAUGCAACGCGCACCACCAUGGUUCUGAGCAGUUUCAACCCUGAAAAGCAGACUGAGAUCAGCAAAACACAGGAAGGCAAAGCCCGAUAUUUUGAUCAUCGUGAAAGAGGCUUCCAGGCUUUGAUAAUCAGCUGGUCCGAAACAAGAAGCACUGAGCGUGCUGCAACUGACUUCGCCAAGGAAAUCAAGACCGUGUAUCGACAAGGCAGCGUUGCUUCAGAACCACCAAGGACCCUUGUGAACAACAUGGCUCCUGACACGAAGCUAGAGGAAUUCUUUCCAGAAGAGAAGGUUGAAGAACUGAAGAGAUUGGUUGGAAUUUGGGAUCCCACGGGCCUUUUUUGGAGGCCAUGGGCUGAGAGGUAG